CCAGGUACUACAGGUUCCCCCAGUAUGUUGCCUGCAACAAAGUCCAUCUCUGCUGACUCUGCCUUGAAAGGAAGUUCUGGAAGUGCAGUUGAUCUAUCUGUAAUGUGGAUGUUCAGCAAAAAUCAGGUGUUGAAAAUAUACUUACACUUAAAAUGGAUGGGAAUCUUGAUCAACAUUCUUUUGAUGUAAUUGCUAAUGCUUCCGGCAUAGAUGCCAACAUUGCCUGUAACCUAGUUCAAUCAGGCAAAGAAGCACAUAAAUUGGCUGAUCAGGAAAAACCCACUGGAGAACCAUCAGGUAGAAUCUCCAAAUCUCCUAAGGUUCAAAAACAAGGGAAAGCUGUGCGCUCAAAACCCAAAAAGUCUGUUGAAGCAUCUUUAAAUAAUCAAUUACUGCAAGAGAAUUCAAUUCAGCUUGAGGAGGUCAAAGGGAUGUUGCGCAGAAUUAUGAAUAAAUUAUUUCCUGAGGAGGCAGCAAUACGUCAACCCUCAGGUCUUCCCAAACUUCCUAUUAGCAACUAUGAACACUUGAAGCAGCUGGAGGAUUAUCUGUCAAAUGCGGAGAACUUUGGCAUCAUGGUAAACUAUCUGUUUUGCAAAGUUAAACACACUCAUACGGAGCAAGCCUGUGCCAAAGCGGCAUUGAAUGCAUUGUUCAAGCCUUCGUUAUGUUGUGCCAUAUCCUGGAAGGGAACACAUGGCACUAAGUAUGCCAUAUAUGGAACCCAGUGUGUGGAGCUGAUUCAAUGUGUAGCAACAAAGUUGUGGGACUCGGCCACAGACCUGUGUGCUCUCAAUGGUGCCAUAAAGAGGUUUUUCAUAGUCAGUCUUCAAAAGAAAACAAGUUCAAGUCUUGCAGAACAUGAUGAGAGUUCUGAAGAUAGUGCCAAUUCAGCUAGUUCUGGCACUGAGGUUGAGAGUGAACCAGAUGAAGACUCGGACUGAUUCAUCUAUUUUUUGUUUAGUUAUUUUUCUUUAUAUGUAUAAAUACUGUAUACAUACCAAAUAUGUACAAAGCAUCUGUGAUUUUUUUUGUUAUUAUGACUGCUCUUCUGUUAAGACUGAUAUUUUUUUGGUGACCUUAUAAUGGUCUAAAUUGGGUUAAUUCUUGUUAACGCUUUGUAAGAUUUAUUUUUUGUUAGUAAGAUAGGCAUUGAAUAAUGGUGACCUUAUGAAUGGUCCAAGACUAGUUAUCUCUUGUUAACGCCUUGUAAGAUUUAUUUUUUGUUAGUAAGGUAAGACUUGGCAUUGAUUAAAUGCAUAUACCGUAA